UUCCGGUCUUCCCAAACAGCAUGGCGAACUUCGAGCAUGCAGAGGACGACCCAAAACAUGUGAACAUGUCCGGUGAAGUAACCGCCGCCAGCAGUGAAGUCCAGCCGACGGAAGGGUCCUACGUACCGGGCAGAGAUGCGUGCGCGGUCCCGUGCGCGGUCCCGACGUUUGCAGCCGCCUCCGAGCUGCUGUCAGCGCCGUACUCGUGUCUGGUCAUGAGCGCUCACCGGAGACACGUCGCCCUCCCGCCGGUGUACCUGGACAAGAAGAGGACCGGGAUUCAGGAGGAGCUGGAGGCCGAGCUGCUGAAGUUCUCCCAGAGUCUAAAGGGAGUACCCCUGGCUUAUGAAAACAUCAGAAUAAUGGGCCACCAUGGAAACAUCUUUGACGACAGCGGCUACAUCCACAUGGACAUAGAAGCCAACUUUAUUGUCUUUCAGCCCCUAAAAGGACAGACACUGCUGGGUAAAGUGAAUAAACUAGGAGUAAGCCAUGUAGGCUGCCUGGUGCACGGCUGCUUCAACGCCAGCAUCCCCAAACCAAGCCUGGUUCCCGUAGAAACCUGGCGGGACGCAGGGCCGAGAAUCGGAGCAGAGCUGGAGUUCGAGGUGACUGCUCUGGACGCUGACACUGCGGGGGUGCUGCUGAUCAGAGGACGGCUGGACAGGACAAGGGUGCAAGAGCUGCUAGCUAUGGGUGAGAGCUCAGAGUCCUCCGUCCCUGCAGAGCAGCAAGAACCGCCAGAGACAGAACUGAACCCAGAACCCACAGAGGAGUUUCCUGAAGACACCCCCAAGAAGAAGAAGAAAAAGAAGAGAGACAAAGUGAAAGAGGGGGAGGGAGAAGGUGAGGUAACAAAUACACCCUCCUGCCAAGUGGAUGGCAGCGCAACACCAGAGCUGAACGGAACAAUCAUUGAAGCAAAUGGCAAUGAAGCUAGUGAGAAAAAGAAGAAGAAGAAGAAGAAGAAGAAAAAACAUGUGAAAGAAGAAGAGGAGGAGGAGGUUGAGCUCUCCACCAAGGAGGUCCAUUGCAGUGACUCCAGCGGUUACCUUAGUGACAAGCCAAGCAAAAAGAGGAGACAUGACACUGGUUCAGAGGUCACGUCUAGUUUUAGUGAAGAUCCUGAACCACCAAAGACAAAGAAGAAGAGGAAAAGUGACAUUAACAGCUAAAAUAAAUUAAAUCAUGUAUUCUUUUUGGAACUUGGUUUGAUUGUGUGUGUGAUAAUAAUGUGAAACAACAUGAAUGACCACAAUGGCUCUGGAGGAAUAAACAGAUGUGCCUUAACAAUUAAACACAGUUUCUUAUCGAGCAGGAUUCCUGGUGGGUUCUUCUGAGCUCCUCUGAAAUCAUUUAAUCAAAGGCUCAGGCUUGCAGUAGACGUCUUUCUACAGACACGUUUAUGGAAAACAGGACAUGGACAUGAGAGGACGGAGACAGACUCGACAGAUCAGUCCUCACUGGAUUGCAACUCUCUUACACAGCCUGAGGGGGGAGCAAAACUUCUUCAAAGACAGUAAAAAAAAAAAAAGAAAAAAGAGUGAAACCUUGUCAACCUCAUCUGUUAAACAAUGUGCUGAGAGUAAAUAGGCCAGGGGGUUUUGGGGGCAUGAGUUGAUAUUAAUGCUCUGUGUCUACUCUGUGCAUUUUCUCCUGUUUGGAUACUGAAGAAGGAAGGCUAGAUGACUGAGACCGCUGAGCUCAGGUUAAGAAACUUCUCUUUUCUCGUGUGCCUUUUUCGAAAAGGUUGUCUUGAAUUAUAGCUGCAAUGGAAGAGGAAUGUUUUUUUACUCCCAUAUAUUCGUCAACACCCUAGAAAUGCAUCAUGGAAGGAAUUGGUCGGGAGUUUUUGGUGCGCUCUUCUUUCAGUGUUGCAUUGACUGUUUUCACAUGAAGGCGUGUUGUCUGUCUUUUAAUGGAAACCAACAGAAAUUGACAUUAAAUAUUCAGUUCUUAUCCCAAUUAAAAAGCUCUAUAUUUUGAAAUGUUCACCCU